AUGUGUUCAAGAGGUCCAUAUGAUAGUGAUAUGUUAAAGAUUUGGCAGAAUACAAUCCCCUCUCAAAAGACUACUCCACAAGAUGAUAUUAACCCUAUUCUUGAAAAAGAUAUUAACCUAAUGCUUGCUCCUAUAAAUCUUUGUCAUAAUAAUCAUGAAAAUGCUUACCUAAAUAUUACUAUUACUGAAAAUCCAGACCCCUUAGAAAGUGCAGGUGGAACAGUGCUUACUGGUAUUGCAGCAGUAAAUAUAUGUGGAAGUACUAUCUAUUUUGCAUAUGGGUUCAGUUUCGAUGAAAGUCUAAAUACUCAUUCUAAUUUAUCAGAAGAAACAAGCAAUAAUUCUACUCUGUUUGCUAGAAUUAACAUUUUAUUUGCUAGUGAUUUUAUGCAAUUACCACUGGUUUUAGACAAAGCAUUAUACAUGCCUGAAAAAAUUACAUAUUCACCUCCAGUUGAAAAUGAACCUUCAAAAGGCACAAAGAGAAAAC